AUGUCAGAACGAUAUAAGCACUGGAAAAAAGUUUUCAAAGACAUCAACCAACGUUCACCAACGAAAAGCGAGAUUGCUUCACUAGCACCACCAGUAAUUCAAGAUGAACUUCGUGCUUCUGAAGAACGUGAAAGAGAAGAGAAAUCGAAAUCGAGGAGAUCGUCCAGCAUAAAACUCAGUCGAUCAUUUGAUGAAAGAGACUAUCUACCUGAGCUAGCAUUAAAGAAGCGCCGUACCAGUGCAAUGAGCAGAUCGACAAGUGCAACAUCACCUGUACCAACCUCAUCUAUGCCUGGAACUUCAGUGGACACUGAAGAGCAGACCCAGUACUUGCGUCGUUCGCCACGAAAGCAUCCAUCAUCCUCAUCGUCUGGUCCAGUUUCGUUCCCAUCACCACAGAAGCCAACGCUGUUGUCAAGGCCAAUUGCAACAUCCAGUCGGCUUUUCAAUCUUCUUGGCUCAGAAGACUCUCUUCCAGGCACUUCUUCAGCAACUGACGACAAUGUUGGCUUCAAAGAAAUGCCCGAAAAAGAAACUGAUGAAUCUGACAGUGAAGAUGAAAACAGUAGGCCGUUUGCUGACGAAGGGGGUGUUGUGAGGAGGAGGAAAAAUGAAAAUUAUCGACGCCUAAAUAUGAAAAGGCGUUAUCUUCAUGGCACUUCAGAUUCGAAAAAUAAAUUCAAGAAGUGGAGGAGAGAACGUAAAAAGCGAUAA